AUGAAACGUGGAAAGCACCUACCUUUCCCAGCAGACGUUUCAGAACUCCCGCUCUAUGUUGUGAAUCCCCAUCAUUCUCAGCGUCCAACAACCUGGUUGACUAUUCCCUGCCUUGUUCUUCUCGGCUUCCUUGCAUUUCAUGCACGGUGCAACAAUCUUAUAUCUGGUACAUCGUCCUUGACACUCAAGGGCCCUCGGAAUCCUUCCUACCUCGUUAAAGCGCGGUCAGGUGCUGUGGCUUCAGAGAACAAGCUAUGUUCUGAUAUCGGCGUCGACGUCCUGAAAGAUGGGGGCAACGCUGUUGAUUCGGCAAUUGCGACUACUUUCUGUAUUGGUGUUGUUAAUAUGUUCUCUUCUGGCCUAGGCGGCGGAGGUUUCAUGACCGUCCGGAUACCUCCAAGUAGCCCUGGUAAAGCCUCUGAUAUGUAUACCAUUGAUUUCAGAGAGACCGCACCAUCAUUAGCAAAUGCGACGAUGUACGUCGGCAGACCAGAAUCGUCCAAGUUUGGGGGUCUUGCCGUGGGCGUGCCUGGUGAGCUGCGCGGUCUGGAAGAAGCACAUCGCCGCUGGGGCACCUUGAGCUGGAAGCGUCUCAUCGAACCGAGUAUUGCGUUGGCACAGGGAUGGAAGGUCGACCGAGAGCUGGCAAAGCGGAUCACGUGGUAUCCAGAUCUAAUGCUGAAGAAUCCAGAAUGGAGUGCCAUCUUUGCGCCAACUGGGAAAUUUCUACGACAAGGCGAGGUUAUACGCAGGACGAACCUCUCCUUGACACUUGCUACAAUUGCUAAUGAAGGUGCUGGCGCAUUUUAUAAGGGCCCUAUUGCAGACUCUAUUGUCCGCAAGGUUCAACAGACUGGGGGAAUACUGACACACACCGACCUGGAAAACUACACUAUACAAGUCAGGCCUGCCUUGCAGGGCGUUUACAGGGCCAGGAAAGUUUUUACAUCCCAUGCACCCACCUCGGGUCCUGUUUUACUGCACAUGCUCAAUCUAAUUGAGAACUUCGACAUGAAGGAAAGGACCAGCCUCAAUGUCCAUAGACUGGUGGAGGUUUUAAAAUUUGGAUUUGCCGCCAGGACGAAAGUCUGUGAUCCGCUAUUCAAUAACUCGACAUACCGAAUUGGGGAGAUCUCUACAAAGGCUUACGCGGAUACGAUUUUUGGAAAUAUCACGGACGAUCGAACACACCCUCCUGAAUAUUAUAAACCGGAGUAUGAUGUAUUGGAAGACCACGGAACGAGUCACAGUUCAGUUGUCGACAAAAACGGCAUGGUGGUUUCACUCACGUCCACCGUCAACUUAAUUUUUGGGUCUCAGAUUUUAGACCCUAAUACUGGCAUUAUUUUGAAUAACGAAAUGGACGACUUCUCGACGCCAGGUGUUCCAAAUGCUUUUGGCUUACGGCCUUCUCCUUAUAAUUAUCCCGAACCCGGGAAACGGCCCUUGUCUUCCACCGCGCCGACUAUAAUGGAACACGAGGAUGGGUCUUUCUUCCUUGCACUUGGCGGUUCCGGUGGUUCACGCAUAUUUGGAGCGGUGUUUCAAGUUUUGCUGAACCUGGACUGGGGUUUAAACCUGAGUGAUGCAAUAGAGUUUGGUCGGCUACACGAUCAGUUAUUCCCGUUAACGUUGGAAGCAGAUGAUGUGUACCCUCCCGAUAUUUUGAAAGACCUGAAAGGGCGCGGACAUAACAUUACAGUGUCAGAUGUCAACCGUGUCGCUGCUGUGGUCCAAGCGGUUAUGCGGGAAGGCGAAUUCAUUUUUGCGGCAAGCGAUUCGAGAAAGAAUGGUAUAGCUGCCGGAUACUAA